AUGCAGGAAUCCUGCCCUUCCAUUAAAAAUAUUCUUCUUUUGGAUUCCGAAGGGAAGCGUGUAGCUGUCAAGUAUUAUUCGGAUGAUUGGCCUACAAAUAGUGCGAAGGAAGCUUUUGAGAAAGCCGUUUUCAUCAAAACUCAGAAGACAAAUGCUCGAACAGAGGCGGAGAUAGCAAUGUUUGAGAACAAUAUAGUGGUUUACAAGUUUGUUCAAGACCUUCAUUUUUUUGUAACGGGUGGAGAAGAUGAAAAUGAGCUCAUUUUAGCGUCUGUUCUUCAGGGAUUUUUUGAUGCAGUGGGUAUUCUUCUUAGGAGUAAUGUAGAAAAGAAGGAGGCACUUGAGAACUUGGACCUCAUUUUACUGUGUCUUGAUGAAAUUAUCGACGGAGGCAUUAUUCUCGAGAUGGAUGCAAAUGUGAUUGCAGGGAAGGUCGCAAGCCACAGUAUUGACAGUGGCGCUCCUUUGUCUGAGCAGACAAUAAGUCAAGCCUUGGCCACAGCUCGCGAACAUCUAGCAAGAUCUCUUCUAAAGUAAUAUGUUUUCCUCAUAAAUGUGAAUGGCAAGGACAUCCCCCACACCAAAAAAAAAAAAAAAAAAAAGAGAAAAAAAAACAGGGUGAGUUGGCCUGCUGUUUUGGUAAAAGAUGACUAAUGUUGAGUUAACAAUGGUGGGCUCAGUUUGUAUGGAUUUGAGCAGAUGUGGUACAUUGCGGGAUUGGUGUUAAAUGUUAUUAUAUGUGGAGUUGCCAGAUUUUCUGAAACAGUCUUGUUUUAUAUGUGGUCAUUGGCUGAAUGAGGAUGGAGCAGGUUUUUAAA